AGCGCCCCCUGAGGGGCGGCGGCGGGAGCUGGUUCCGGCUGCGCGCGCAGCGGUGGUGGCGGAGGCGCGAUCAGCGGGUCUGUAACCGUCGUCCGUCCGGUAGCGGCUGGAGCGGCAGCGGCGGCCGGGCACGGCGCUAGGCGACGCCACAGGGCAGUGGCGGCAGCGGCGGCAGCAGGAGACACAGCGGCGGACGCAGCAGCAGCAAGACGGACUCGUGGACACGCGCCGUCGCCGCCGCCGGGCCGGGCCGGGUGUCGCGCGCCGAGGCUGGGGGGGAGUCGUCGCCGCUGCCGCCACCGCUACCGCCGCCGCCGCCGCCGCCGAGGUGACUGAGGAGAGAGGCGCCUCCUCGCUCCCGCCGCCGCUGGACGUCAAUGCCCAGUCCCCAGCUCGACAGCAGAGAGAGGAAGGGAGAGAAAAACAUUGAUGUGAGAGAGAAACAUUGAUUGAUUGCCUCCUGUAUGCGCCCCAACCUGGGAUCGAACCUGCAACCUAGGUUUUUUGUUGGAAUAUACGUUGCACAUUUAUGGCGAUUCUGAGUGUGAGGGCAGACUUCUGCCAGGCUCAGCACAGCGUUUUUGCUGACAAGUGAGCUUGGGGGUUCUAUGUGCCAUAAUUAACAUUGCCUUGAAGACUCUGGACACCAAGACUGGCCUCAGAAAUAGUUGGCUUUUUUUAAUUGCAAGCAUAUUUCUUUUAAUGACUCCAGUAAAAUUAAGCAUCAAGUAAACAAAAGUGGGAAGUGACCUACACUUUUAACUUGUCUCACUAGUGCCUAAAUGUAGUAAAGGCUACUUAAGUUUUGUAUGUAGUUGGAUUUUUUUGGAGUCCGAAGGUAUCCAUCUGCAGACAUUGAGGCCGAAGUUGAAUUUGGAUUCAAGUGGAUUCUAAAUACUUUUGCUUAUCUUGAAGAGAGAAGCUUCUCAAACAACAAACAAGUUGAAUAGAAAAAACACUGAUUGAUAAUAGGCAUUUUAGUGGUCUUUUUAAUGUUUUCUGCUGUGAAACAUUUCAAGAUUUAUUGAUUUUUUUCAUUUCCCCCAUCACACUCACACACGCACGCUCACACUUUUUAUUUGCCAUAAUGAACCGUCCAGCCCCUGUGGAGAUCUCCUAUGAGAACAUGCGUUUUCUGAUAACUCACAACCCUACCAAUGCUACCCUCAACAAGUUCACAGAGGAACUUAAGAAGUAUGGAGUGACAACUUUGGUUCGAGUUUGUGAUGCUACAUAUGAUAAAGCUCCAGUUGAAAAAGAAGGAAUCCACGUUCUAGAUUGGCCAUUUGAUGAUGGUGCGCCACCCCCUAAUCAGAUAGUGGACGAUUGGCUAAACCUAUUAAAAACCAAAUUUCGUGAAGAGCCAGGUUGCUGUGUUGCAGUGCAUUGUGUUGCGGGAUUGGGAAGGGCACCUGUGCUGGUUGCACUUGCUUUGAUUGAAUGUGGAAUGAAGUAUGAAGAUGCAGUUCAGUUUAUAAGACAGAAAAGAAGGGGAGCAUUCAAUUCCAAACAGCUGCUUUACCUGGAGAAAUACCGACCUAAGAUGCGAUUACGCUUCAGAGAUACCAACGGGCAUUGCUGUGUUCAGUAGAAAGAAAUACAAAGGCUGACGUGAUUGUGGCAUUUAGAGGGAACUCUUUGUACCUGGAAAUGUGAAUCUGGAAUCUUGACUGUGUCAUCAAAGUAGUGAUGGAUUCAGUACUCCUCAGCCACUCUUCUAAUGAUUGGAAAAAAGCAAACAAAAAAGAAAUCCCUCUAUUAACAUGAAUAAAAAAUGUUUAAGAAAAGAAAAAGAGAAAGAAAAAAGGGAUUAAUUCAGUGGAGAAUGAUUUUGCUCUUAGUAUUGAAGUUUGAAUUUCUGCCAGGACUGAAUUAUUUCAAAAUCUCUUGUCUUUUUUAACUUUUUCAAAAUAGGCCUCUAAGGGAAACCAGCAGGACAGUAAGUAGCCUGUGCAGAGUCAUCUGUUUGGGGAGCUCACUCUUCCAUUAUGCUUGGCACAUAGAUCUCCAUGUUGUGUGAUUUCUUUCUUUUUUCUUGAUUUGAGGGUAGGGGGUGGGGGCUACAAUAUUCCUCUCUUCUCUCCUUUCCUUAUUCCUCUCCUUUUCCCCGAUACAAGCUGUAGAUGGAAUAGGAGAAGCCCUUGUUGCUGUAGAUGUGCGUGCAGUCUGGCAGCCUUAAGCCCACCUGGGCACUUUUAGAAAAAAAAAAAAAAAACACCAAAAAAAAAAAAAGCAGUGGCAUAUCUAUUAUAUGAUCCAGGUGGUUUUUAGUCUUUACUGAUGAUGGGGUGUUCAUGUUAGUUUCUUUUCUUGAAAACUCUAUACAACAUUAGGCAAAGUAGCCAAGAGCCUUUUGUUUGUGGUUUUGUUUUGGUAAGUUAGUGGGGAAAUGGCAUUUCAGGAGGAGUCUCUUAAAGAGCUUAGCUGUAAGUCAAUUCUUCGCUUUUCCAACCAAUGAAGCUAAGUGGGUAUCCCAGAAAGUUUGUUUUCUGAAGGGGAGUACUCCAGUCCAUCACUAAAGAUGUGUCCAGGGAGAGAGUUAGCACACAUUCUACACCUUGUAGAGUUGUGGGCUGUGUGUAGCAGUACUCGCUGAUUUUCUGUCUAAUGAUGUCAGAGAAUGCUGGUAGUUGGAAAUUUUUAUUUUAGGAUUUAUUUGUACUCUGAAUUUUCAGGAACAGUCAGAGGAGUAGCAGCAAAGAUAUAAUGUCUUGGACUUGAGAAAUGCCUGCAUGGGUAUUUUCCAAACUGCCCCCAUAUGUACAGUUCAGUUUAACCACUGAUUGCCUUGUUAUUUUCUUACUAGGUUCUUUAUGAGAUAAAACCAACAAUGCCUAGUGAGUACGUGUCCACAGGCCUAACAGGGUAGGAGAGAGACAUAGAGCAGCGCAACCAGUAGCAAAAGGACUAUGUUGCUAGUGGUAUUUGGUGUAGUGUCAUUUUUGCUGAUUCUUUGUUGGGUUCAAUGUGCUGAUCUAGAAAAACUGUUUUUUUGCUAUUUUGUAGAAGGCAGUUUUGACCAGGCUGUAUCAACAAAGCAAGUUGAAAGACACCUUAAGGGGCUUCUGCACUCUUCAUUUAAAUAUUACACACUUCCUAGUGCUCUGCUUCUAAGGAUUGGAAUAAAGGCUUAGGGUCAUCUUGUCUUGCUGGAAUUUGAUAUGCAGAGCCAUAAACUUCCCAUUUUGUUAGAAUCAGCUAGACCAGUAGGAAUGGACUGGGGCCUUGUCGUGACGAUACCUCAGACAUUGGCUGGCUAUGUGAACUGCCUAUCUCUGAUGCCAGGGUUGUUUUGCUCUUAAACUAAAUGAAAAAUCUGUAGAUGCUCUCCUCCCCCAUCCCAGAAAACAAAACAAAAUAAUGCUUUUUGAAAUUGUUUCUAGGGUUUUAAAGUGGAAAAUGAUGGUACUAUCCAAAAUCCUGUAUUUUAGAACAUAUAGGCUCAAGAUCAAAACAGAAUAUUCUCAAAGCUCAGAUAGAUUGUCUGUUGACUCCAAGGGUUUUGAUCAAUACCAUAACAAACCUUUUUCCUUUGACAUGCUCUGAUUUUUGUUGUCUGCGGGGAGGGAGAGACAGAGAGAGAGAGAGAAACAGUUGUGUGUGUGCGUGUGUGUGCAGUGUCCACCAGUAUCAGUGCCUGCCUGAGUUAGGAAAAUUACAUUCCUGGUUCUGUGUGAGGAGAAGGGUGUAUAAAGCAACAUGAAACAUUAGCCCUCAUUUUGUUUUAAAUUGCAGACUAAUGUUAAUUGUUCUCAGAACUGGAUUUUCUUCCUCAAAAUUAAGGUUUUUUUUUAUCUUUUGGAUUUAAUGAAGUAUUGCUAGCUGAAGCCAGUUUGACAUGGGGGGAGAUGUCAGACUGAUGAAAGAUGUGCAGCCUGAUUGGAAACCAAACCCUGAACCCUUUUAAAGAACAAUAAACAUAUUUUACAUGC